GGCCUCAAGUUUGAUGGGCUACUCGCCUAGGCCUCUGGAGAUGAUGAAUCAAAAACACACUUUGAUGUUUAUGAAACUCUACAAAUCGGUAAAGUUGAUUCCUUUGUGAGUUACAGGCAAAACCCCAGAAAUUCCCCCCUUUGGAAUAAAAGAAAUAGAAGACAUGGUGAGGCAAUCGAGGUUGAUCCUUUCACUACUUGGCGCAGUUUUGGUGUUGCUGGUGAUUGGAAAUGCUCUGAGGCUAGCCAAAGCCAACAAUUCAGCCUCCGCCUUUGUCCAAAACGCCAUCUUCUCCAACAAGAUCGUUAUGUUCUCCAAAUCUUAUUGCCCGUAUUGCAUGCGUGCCAAGCGCAUUUUCGCUGAGUUAAAUGAGAAACCUUAUGUUGUAGAGCUUGAUCUCCGAGAUGAUGGAGCUGAAAUCCAGUAUGUCAUCCUGGAUUUGGUAGGUCGUAGAACUGUUCCACAAGUGUUUGUGAAUGGAAAGCAUAUUGGAGGCUCUGAUGAUCUCAGUGAUGCAGUCCAUAAUGGUACAUUGCAAAGCCUUCUAGCUGCAAGUUAAUGUUAGAAAGAAGGAAAUAAAUUGACUUGUGAACUGUAAAGCUGCCUGUGGAUUAGAAGAUCAUUUCUGGGUUGUGAACUUAGUAAGUUCACUGCAAGAUUUUGUUGAGUGCGCUGUGAUAAUGGCAUGUCUCUUUGAGGUUAUCUUAUAUUUCAUCUUCAUCAUGGAAGAGAAUGACUAUGUUUUAGGUCUAAAGUUCAUUGUAAAUGUAGGUGUGGGGAGGGAGCAAUGACUUUGAUUUAGUUUUCACAUAAUCUUAUACUUACUGUCAAUGGAUCCCUUUUUUCUA